AUGGAUACCCCUAAUCCUGACCCUCGCCUCACUCCGUACACGCUCAACAACGACUUGUUACCCGAAGACCUCAUCCCAGUUCUAUCUUCAUUUCUCCAUGCACUGCACGAAGCACGUCUCAGUAUCGAAAACCCCGUUGCAUUAUUGCCUGCAGGUGCAAAGGAAAAGGCGCAACAACACGACACCUCUACAACCGGCCUAGUCGCAACAGAAUCAGGUCCAGCUGUGAAGAAAAUACAGGCGCUGCAGGCCCAGUACAGCGUUAUCCGGGCCCCCAUUCGUUCCUUACCCACUGAACUCAUCCCUACCAUCUUCUGCUGGGUAUUGGAAUUGAAGAAGCACGAUCACCUGGAUCUAUACGGACGUGACUACCCCGAAACAGACCCCUUCACCUUCAACCUCCUUCGAAGAGUAUGUCGAACCUGGAAUCAGGUUGCGAUCUCCACGUCAGUGCUUUGGAGAAGCCUUGAAUUGGACCUCGAACGUUGGGUUAUGGACAUCGAAAACCCAAACGCCCUUUCCAACUUUGUCGAAACGUGGUUCAAUCGUGCAGGCUCCGGUAACCCGCCACUCAGACUUUCAAUCCUCUCCGCCUACUCUCCGCUCUUUUCAGAGCUUUCCUGCGAGCAAAAGGACAUAUUUAUCUCCCAGAUGCGAUCCAUUCUCACAGCCCGGAGGAACUGGUCGGAGUGGUACGUGGACGGCUGUCCAGCCUGGAUGGCGAUUCUCAAUUUGGGGGGGCUGGACGGGGCGUUUAUGGGAUUGAAUCUGGAGGACGAUGGUCCUCGGCCAUGGGACAACCUGAGACGGCUCAGCAUCGAUUUAUCGGAGACAUCCUCGUGGAGUCGAGAAAUCAAUGGAUACGGCCUGUUCAUCCGCCCCUCUCCUUUGCCGAAGUUGGAAUCCCUUUGUAUCAGCUAUCGACUUACAUACCUCUGGAUAUCGGCGGAAUCCAACUACGGUGCUUUCUUGCACUAUCCGACCAGCCUCCGAUCACUCCAUCUCUGCGGGUCCCCGUAUUUCCUUCCAGCUUCCCUGGCCAACUUCCCUAGUUUGGAAGAGUUGAUACUGGAGCCCAGGGAUUCAACCAGUUUCGGGUUCUGCUCGGAGUUCCUGGAAUCAGAGCCUGUUGUGCUUGACGGUCUCAAGCGCCUUGUCUUGGUAGGGUCGGCGGUCGAUGUGCAUUAUCUGAAGCGCGUCCUGCCCACUCUCAUCCUUCCCUCUCUACACCUCUUACGGUUCGUUCAGGUCACCCAUCCUGCCGAGCCAGGUUUGGCUUCUAAUUAUAUGCCUCCCGUGGACCCUCGGGAGGAUUCCGAGGACGAUGUCAGCGGGGAGUCGGCAGCGGUGCUGGUGGGUCGGCUCCUGUCACAAAGCCAGGACGACGCCUUAACACUCUCGUUCGAAGACAGCGGAAUGCCAUGGUUGGCUAUCCGCGAUCUCCUGGUAGACCUCAAUCAAUCCGGUUCAUGCAACAUCCGACACCUUCGAGUCGAUAAUCUCUCGUGCGGCGAGGGCGCGGAACCAGCAUAUUCUUCAAUCUCGAAGAUCGCGACAUUGGAGAGUAUAGCAUGUAGGAGUGACUUGGAUUAUGGGGAGCAUCACUUUGACUGGGAUGCGUUUUUCGAGCGGGAUUCAUCACUCCCUCUUCCCAUUCUUCAUCUAUCAGACGCCGCUUGCGACCCUGGGACACGGUGGUAUAGGGAGUGGAAGCAGAGGAAGUGCAGUGUGGAAAUUCAGUUCCACGGCAAAGGGGAGCUGGAUUCCCUGUUUGACUACGGAAUUGUUGGGCACCAACACGAGUGGGCGCUUGAGUUUCAUAGAAGGAAGGCGGAGAGACGGGAGGCCUGGAGAUGGCAUGGUAUGUAA